AUGGUUGUUUUGUGUGGUAGGGGGGAGUGGGGUGGGGCUGUUGUGAGUGGGGAGAGUAGAGGGGGGGGGGGUUGGGGGGGGGGGGUAGAGGGGGGUGGGGGGGGGAGGAAGACGGGAGGGGGGGAUGGUGCAGGGCGGGGGGAGUGGGGGGGGGUGAAAGCCUGCGUUCCUGUGUGGCAGAUUUAUAUACGGUGUAACAAACAAAACAUGAUGUUGUGGGCCACUGAGCUGGAGUUCCAGCAGGAGAAGGUAGCGAGCCUCACGUCCAGGAAACUCUGGUGA